AUGGCGCCCUGGCUGCCCCUGCUGUCGCUGCUGGGGCUGCUCCCGGGCGCCGCCCCGGCCCCCGCCCAGCCCCCCGCCGCGGGCGCUCAGGCCCGGGAGCCGGCGCCCGCCGAGCUGCUGGCGGCCGCCCGCUUCGCCCUGGAGACGUACAACCGCGGCCGCGCCGCCGGGACGCGGGCCGUGCUGGGGGCCGUGCGCGGCCGCGUCCGCCGGGAGGGCCGCGGGUCGCUGUACUCCCUGAAGGCAACCCUGGAGGAGACGCCCUGCAACGACCCCAUGGUGUGCCAGCUCCCUGUGUCCAAGAAAACCCUGCUCUGCAGCUUUGAAGUCCUCGAUGAACUAGGAAAACACAUGUUGCUGAGGCGGGACUGUAGCCCAGUGGACACCAGGAUCACAGGUGCUGGGCUAGCUGAGGAGGCUGGGGUAGCUCAGGUCAAACUUCAUUAGGGGACCAGCCUUGGUCUCUGUCCUUUUCCACCAGAUGACAAAAACGAUACUUUAAGUUCGGUCCUUCCACUGUUGAACAAGGAUCCCCUGCCUCAGGACUUUACUGUCAAGAUGACCUCCAUCUUCAAGGACUUUGUCAACACCUACAACCGGACAUAUGAGACAAAAGAGGAGGCCCAGUGGCGCAUGUCUGUCUUUGUCAAUAACUUGGUGCGGGCGCGGAAGAUCCAGGCCCUGGACCGUGGCACAGCGGAGUAUGGGAUCACCAAGUUUAGUGACCUCACAGAGGAGGAAUUCCGCACCAUCUACCUGAAUCCGCUCCUAAAAGACAACCCAGGCCAGAAGAUGCACCGAGCCAAGCCUGUUGAUGAUCCUGCCCCCACUCAGUUUGACUGGAGGGAGAGGGGGGCUGUCACCAAAGUCAAGGACCAGGGCAUGUGUGGCUCCUGCUGGGCCUUCUCGGUCACAGGCAACGUGGAGGGCCAGUGGUUCCUGAAAGAGGGGAACCUGCUAUCCCUCUCUGAGCAGGAGCUCUUGGACUGUGACAAAGUGGACAAGGCCUGUCUGGGCGGCUUGCCCUCCAAUGCCUACUCGGCCAUAAAGAUUCUGGGAGGGCUGGAGACGGAGGACGACUACAGCUACAAGGGCCACUUGCAGUCCUGCAACUUCUCUGCAGAGAAGGCCAAGGUCUACAUUAAUGACUCCGUGGAGCUGAGCCAGAAUGAGCAAAAGAUGGCAGCCUGGCUGGCCAAGAAGGGCCCCAUCUCCGUUGCCAUCAAUGCCUUUGGCAUGCAGUUCUACCGCCGUGGGAUCGCCCACCCGCUGCGGCCCCUCUGCAGCCCUUGGCUUAUCGACCACGCGGUGCUGCUCGUGGGCUUCGGCAACCGCUCAGCAGUCCCCUUCUGGGCCAUCAAGAACAGCUGGGGCACUAACUGGGGUGAGCAGGGUUACUACUACCUGCAUCGGGGAUCCGGGGCCUGUGGCGUGAACACCAUGGCCAGCUCAGCAGUGGUGGACUGAGGGCGCCAAUGUGGGACCUGGUGCUGGCCAGAGCAGACCCCAUCCCCAGCCUGACCUGCAUGGCCAGGCCCUCCCCAGGAGGGGAGCCGGCUGAGGGAUGGGCACUGGGCACCUCAGGGUGAGCAAAGGGCAUCGGACUAGGUGCCAACCCCCGCCACCCUGAAGUUCCCCAACCUUUGUUGUAUAGUGGGAGCUAGGAGGACUUUGGGGUGAAGAAUGGUAUCUUGCAGCUGGGGCGAGACCCCUGGAUUUGGAGAAGGAGCAGGUAGGAAGGAAAUACUCCAGUCUCCGCCCAGCUCUGUCCUCAGCAGGCUCUGGCUUCCCAUUCCGCUGUCCUCUGCCUGAUGCUGUACGUUUUCUCGUUCCCCUGGAUUUGGGGACAGUGUCCCCGUCUAUGUCUAGAGAAACUGUUGUAACCACCCUGUUCUAACAGCAAUAAAGAGGCUUUCUAGGCCCCAGUGUGAUGUGACUGCUCAGUCC